AUUCGAUUUCAUCAAUUGUCAAAUGGUUCGGCUCUUCUUUGCGCCAAUUUCUCGGUCUCUGUAAAUCCUCGGCGUUGUCUCUGUUUUCUUGAAGUGAUAUUCCCUCGCUGUCGAUUUGUUCAAGAUCAUGGCGGUCCGUUUCAAGUUCAGGAGCUCCGUCGACUUCGAUUCCAUCGACAUCGACGGUCGUCCCUCCAUCUCCGUUCGAGACCUAAGGUCCAAGAUUCUGCAACAGAAGAAUUUGAAGAUCUGCCAAAAUUUCGAUCUCGUCAUAUCAGACGCCAAAACUGGGGAAGAGUACGAUGAUGAAGAUUUUCUCGUUCCAAGCGGUUCGAGUAUAGUUAUUAAGCGAGUGCCUGCUGGUGCUGGAAGAUCGGUGCAUUCGGCUUUGCCGUGUAUUAAUUCAGUUGAGAAUUGGGUGGCCAAAUCGACAAAUUUUAUUGGUAAUGCUGGAUCUUCUCCUUCUAUGAAUGUUGAUGUGGAUAAUUUUGAUGACUUUGGAAUUGAUUUGUAUUCCGCUCCUGAGGAAGCUUUAUUGGACUCGGAUCUUGAUGUUGAUAAAAUGAAUUGCAUCAGUAGCGAAAAGGCUGAUAAUGCUUUUCAAAGAAGCUCUGAACCAUCCACAGCAAGAUGUCAAAACAUUGUACCUGGUGAUAUCAUUCAGGCUAAUCCUAAAGGUGUUACUUCUUUUGGUAUUGAAGGUUCACAGAUGAACUUAAGGCAUAAAAUGGAAGAACCUAAGAAGCUGGAAGAAGCGGUGAAGGCCAAUUCUCCUGCGUUACUGAAUGUUGAUUUACCAUCGGAGCUUAAAUGUUCCCUUUGCAACACCAUAUUCAAGGAGGCUGUGAUGAUUCGAUGUUGCCAGCAUAGUUUUUGUGAAAAAUGUAUUCGUCUGGUGUUGAUUGAGAAGGCAAGGUGCCCGAAGUGUUCUUCCACCAGAUGUGGUGUAGAAGAUUUGUUGCCAAAUGUUUCUCUUAGGCAUGCAAUUGAUCAUUUUCUUGAGUCUCAAAUGCUUCUCAGUGGUUCAGACAAUAUUCUUCCUCAAUAUGCCCCUGAUGGAGAAUCUGGAAUCCAAGCAAAGGAACUUUCUUGUGCUAUGUCAAUAUGCCAAAGAGAACCAGUUAUGCCCCAUUCACCAUCUGGAACAGGGAAAGGAUCAAAUAUAGUAAUGGCGGAAUAUGCAUCUGAGUCGGUCAUCAAAAGCAAUGCAUCUGCUGCUGGAACCAGUUCUCGACAUAUCAACUUAGGUGCUAGUAAAUCUGGGAAAUCAGUUCCACUGCAAAAUAUAAAACAGGUGAAUGGAGAAAAUGGUGCACCUGGUUGUGCUGUAAAUUUUGAAUAUGGACCAGAAGGCAUGAAGUCUGUAACUGAGUUUCAAGGGGAAAACCAGCCCGUUAAAUUGCGGCAAACUUUUAGAGAGAAGGAAGCAGGUAGUACCACAAACAUGAAAGAAAAAGGAUUUUGGGUUAAUACCACAGAUGGGAUUGGAAGUUUUAUGGCUACAAGCAGACACAGAAAGGGGGACCGUACCUGUUACAUGUGUGGUUCUCCUGAUCAUUUCAUACGGAACUGCCCCGCUGCUUCUAGUCCACAUCCUAUGCUUCAGACAGGGGAUGCUGUAUUCCCGGGAGGCAUGUCGACUUAUGGACCAUCUUACUGGCAGGGGUCUUCGUUGUCCCCUCAUAUUAGGCCCUUCACAAACAUAUAUGGCAAUGCAGGGCUGAUGCCCUUUGAUCCAGCCAUGGUCCCUGUAACCCCUUUUGCUAUGUCUUCUUAUAUGCCAUCCAUGUAUUCUGGGUUGGCAGUCCCCUAUGGACCUAUGAGGAUGGUAGGGCUGGUGCCUCCAGUUAUGUCGGGAGCAGAGUGUGCUUUGAGCCAUUCAGAAUUUAUGGAGCUUCAGGAUUCUGAACAGAGACAAAAACUUAAGCAACAACAAAGCAGGGAUCGCUCGUAUGAUGGUGAUGACCACUACCUGUACAAUCGACCAGAAAGAUCACUCGACUGCAAACAAAAAAUAGACAGGGAAUACGAUGGGAACUUCUCUGUGGAUACCGUAACUCGAAGAUCGAAACAGAAAAGUGCUGGUGAUAAAUGUCCAGAUGAAGACGUCCAUGUACUUGUUCGGAGAGAUGAUUUGGUUCACAGUUCUUCUGGAAGAGAUCACAAGCCACACAACUCAGAUAGGUCAAGUUCAGAAAUGCAGGAUAGCUCUGAUAGCUCUAACUGGCAUAGGAAAAAGAGACACAAACACAAUAAAAGAAGUUCGAAGCAGCAUACUGAAAGAAGGGGAGAAUGUGGGAGCAAUACCAGUCACAGGAAUCACCAUGGAAGCCAAAAAGAAAUAAACAGACAGAGGAAUGUGAGUGAUGCCAAGAGAUGCAAGCAUAAAAAUCAUAGCCGCUCAGAAUUAGGUUUGGAACCAAGUUCAUCUGGAGACCGGAAAAGACAGCGAAGGGAUAAAGAAUGCAGUCACAGUUCCAGGCAUUCCAAUCGCAAGUUGAAGCCAUCAGAAGAUCAAUUGGGUCAUGACAGAUGGGAAAUGGUCGAAGGCUUGGAUGAGGGCUACAGAGAAGAUGGUCAUCAUCACCACAAGCGCAAGAGAAUACAUUAAAGCGUAGAAAACUGAUGUUCUUCCAUGUGGAUAUACUAGGAAUUAUAGCAGCAGGGUGUACCAGACUGCUGAAGAUGCAGAGACAGCUACAGCAAACAUGGCUUAUGAGGUAAACAUGUACAUAAGACCAUAAGAGUGCUCCACUUGGUCAGUCCUUGUGGUAGUAUUACCGUUUCCCAUCAUUUUUUAUUUGAUGUCAAGAAAUUGUAUGAAGUUGAUUUUGAUUAGUUCUGCUUCAUCUUGUUUACAUAGAAUUCAUGGAUUUGUUAAGAUGUCUUAACUGUUUUAAACACACAGCGGUUAUUUUCAUCUAAUGUAACUGUCUGUUGGUUUUGUUGAUA